AUGUACUCAUCUGAUGAAGUUGAGCAAUUUCUAUCUGUAACUGGUUGUAAAGAUAGACUAAUAGCUCAGCAAUAUCUGGAUUUGUAUCCAAAUAAUAUAAAUGAUGCAGUAAAUGAAUACUUUUCUUGUGCUGCUACUGAACAAGAAAAUCCAAAUGAUACAAAUUAUCCAGUAUCUAGUACACUUCAAGAAGAAUGUGAAGAUAUUAGGACUCCUAUUCCUUCAUUUAAUGAUCAGCUUAUACCAGAUUAUAUGAAUCAAGCUCAAAGUAAUUCUCACAGCUAUUAUAUGGACCAAAUAGCACUUUCAGAAGUCAUUUCUCCAAGAGAUGACUUUUCAACUCAAAUAUUUAGCCCUCCUGAAUCAAUCAUUUCAAAUGAACCUUUUAAUACAGUAAAAGAAAUCGCAAAACUAGAGGGUAAACUUAUUUUAGUAAAUAUACAAAGCCCAAGAGAAUUUUUGUCAAUGAUAUUAAAUCGAGAUAUCUGGAAUGACUCAUUAGUUCAAGAAGUUAUCACUUAUAACUUCAUUUUUUGGCAAAGAAGUUCAAAUACUCCUGAGGGGAGUGAAUGGUGUAGUUUAUAUAGUGUAACGCACUUACCACAUGUAGCUGUAGUUGAACCUAGAACAGGUAGACAGCUCAAAGUAUGGGAUGUUGCAAAAAAAUUUUCUGACUCACUAUCUGCUUCAUCAGAGAUUAUUGAAUUUUUAGAAUGUGAAUCAACUAGAAAAAUAUUGAAUAGACUUCCUUCUACUAAUUCCUCAAAUAACAGUAAUAAGGAUCUGGAAAGCAACAAUUUGGUGGAUAAUGGCCUACAAAGUAAGGAAGCUAGCAUAUAUAAAGAAAAGACUAAACAUGAUACAAAUGAAGUCAAAUCAGAAGUUCCUAUAUCCCGAAUAAAUUCAGAACUAGCUAUGCUACAUAUGGAGCGGAUGAGACGAAAGAAUAUGGUUAAGAAGGACUAG